AUGGAAACGGACCUGGCGUACGAGGUACUGGCGGACUAUUCGCUGCAAGAGACCCCAUUCUACGAGGCACCGACCCCAGUGGCAGCGGCUGGCGUCAACUUUUACCACCCCAACACCACCCCACCGACAGCCAGUGGCGGCCAACACCAGCAGCACCAGCAACACCAUCCCCAGCAGCACCAUCCGCAGCAGCAGCAGUCCCGCAGCAGCCGUCUCAGUGACGCCUAUGGUCGGACGGUGGUCGCUUCCAUGUUGGCGGCCAGCAAAAUGCAACUGAUGAACUCGGGACGAGCCGGCGGAAACGCCACGGCGCUCGCGGGCACCAUGGCCGGAAUGUCCCUGGCCGCCGGUGGCCAGCAACAACAACACUUCCAGCAGCAACAGCAGUCGCAGUCGCAUUCGCAGCAGCACCACCACCAAUCCCUAUCCGGAAUGGCGCUGGUGCCGACGGGAGUCCCAAAUCUCGACUCCCUAGCGCUCUCUGGCGGCGGUGGUGGGACCGGUGGUGGCGUAGGGCUGGUGAGGCCCAAGAAAAUGAAGAAAUCCGUCAGCUUCCUUCCAUCCUUCGUGCAGGGUUGCGACGCCGACGCCGGGCCGAUCCAGCUGAAACAGGAGCCCCUGGACGACGGACCGAUACGCGGCAUGCAGAAGGUACCCAGCCUCUCGGAUCUGUCCGAUCCCGAAGCAUCACUCGAUGCCCCCCCGCAGAUGCCACCGUUGACGCCCGGCACGAACAAGAAGAUGACCGAGGUGCUGUACGCUUCGUUCGCGUCCUGGGAGAAGGAAGUGCAAACAUUCAAAAUCACCAAAGAUCCUCGGCAAUGGACGGCGGAGCACGUGCUGAUCUGGUUGAACUGGUCGAUCAAGGAGUUCUCGCUGGAGGGCGUAAACAAGGAACCGUUCCAGAAGAUGGGCGGCCGCGAAAUCGUCGGCCUCGGCCGAGAAGGCUUCCUGGCGAUCGCACCACCCUUCACCGGCGACAUCCUGUGGGAGCACCUGGAGAUACUGCAGAAAGAUUGCGAAAAGGCGCUCCUGGAGCACGGCUCGCCGGGAAGUGGCGGCCCGUACGAUAGCGGCUGUGGCGGCGGUGCUGGAGGACCUGCCGGACCCGGAACCGGAGUUGGAGUUGGCGUUAACGAACUCAACGAGUACAACAGUGCCCUUCAGCGGUUAAGUGGCCAGCAGCAGCAGCAGCAGCAACAGGAAUUUGGCAGAGGCAAUAGCUCGAGCAAUAGCAACAGCAACAGCAACCAGAACACCCCUGCGUCCACCUCCGGCAGCACGACCACCACCGGCGGUACGACGACACCCAACAGCGGCAGUACGACCACCACCAACACCAGCAACAACAACAACAACAACGGAGGUACUACUGGCGGGGCCGCAACUAACCAUCAGUCAGGGGUGCGGGGUGGUUACGGAUCACUGCACGAUCGCAGCACCAGCGACCGUUCGCCGCCACCUUCGCUGAUCUCUUCGUCCAGUGGCGGUGCGAACGGCGGGAGUACCAACAGUAAUUCGUCGUCCAUGGCGUCUUCCUACCUGUCGGCGCUCGGCUCCCGGGGAACAGGCGGCUACCACCAGCAGGCACCGCCCGGAGUGGCCGGCGGAGUCGCCAUGAAGGAGGAACAGGAACCGAACAGUUUCAUCAACAUCGACGAUCUGCCGAACUACGGUGUGGUGCCCGGGCACUAUGAGGACCAGGACCAGUAUCACUCGUUGCCGGGCCCGGAAACGCAGACCUCCUCGCACGGUUACCUGGAAAACAGUCCCGAGUUCUACUCAGCCAUCCAGAUGGAGCAGAAGUACAUGGCGCCGCACUACAAGACGGGUCCGUUCACCAGCCGAGGCGGCCGCUACCACCAACCGCACCAUCACAGCAGUACCGGUGGCGGUGGUGGAGGAGGCGGCGGAGGGGGCUCCGGGAACCAGCAUCCGAGCAGUCAGCAGCAACAGCAACAGCAACAACAGCAGCAGCAGCAACAACACCAUCCACACCAACAGCAUCCGCACCAUCACCCGCACCACCACCCAUCGCACCAUCACCCGUCGGCGCACCACCAUCCUGCGAGCCAUCACCAGGCGGCGGCGGCGGGUCACCACGGCGAGAGUGGCUACCCGGAGUAUGGAUCCCCGUACGAUACGCCUCCCUUCCAGACGGUGCCGAGCAACACGACCUCACCGCAGGGUUCGGCAGCGUCCGGCGGUGGCGGCGGAGGGCCGGGUGCGCCCGGUGGCGGUAACAACAACAACAACAAUAACAACGGAGACCUGCUCGGUAGCCACGUGGUCGAUCCGUGGAGCCUGCAUCACCCGGGCCAGCACCCGGGGCACGGCGGCGGUGGUCACCCGCUGCUCGACUUCCAGCACCCGGCCUACAUGGGCACGACGAUGGGCUUCGACAAGACGAUGCUCUCGUACGGGACGCAGGGCGGCACACCGUGCUUCACCGGGUCCGGCCCGAUCCAGCUGUGGCAGUUCCUGCUCGAGCUGCUCACCGACAAAACCUGCCAGAACUUCAUCUCCUGGACGGGCGACGAGUGGGAGUUUAAGCUUACCGAUCCCGACGAGGUCGCUCGUCGGUGGGGCGUCCGCAAGAACAAACCAAAAAUGAACUACGAAAAGCUGAGUCGCGGUCUGCGGUACUACUACGAUAAGAACAUCAUCCACAAGACGGCCGGCAAGCGCUACGUGUAUCGCUUCGUAUGUGAUCUUCAGACCCUGUUAGGGUACUCCGCCAAGCAGGUGCACGAAAUGGUUGAUCUCAAACCGGACAAAAAGGAUGAUGAGUAGUAAUGCGCACCCGGACCCCAGGGAAAAGGAGUAUUCUACCGACGACUCCGCUCCCGUUCUUCCACCCGAUCUACGGGGCCGCACCGAGAGGGCCAGCGGCGUCGCGCGUUAGUUA